AUAUGACAAGUGAGAGUGAGAAUAUGAUGAUAUCAUGUUUCGAUUUUUGGAAGGAUGGAAAAACACUAGAGGAAGGAAGUGAGGAGUGGAAGGAGAUGAGCAUGAAAGUGAGAGAAGCGUGUGAGAGUAAUGGUUUCUUCCUCUUGAGGUGUGAUGAUGAGGUCAACUCCAUUGAAGAGUUGUUUAAGAGUGUGAAAACAUUGUUCCAUUUGUCUCAGCAAACAAAACAACAACACAUAAGCCCAACGCCUUUCAGUAGUUUCAGCGUCCAUAAGUUUAUGAACACUGUCUAUGAAUGCUUUGCAAUCGAUGAUGUUCUUCUCUCAACAUCAAUUGAGAAUUUCACCAACCUCAUGUGGCCUCAAGGAAACCCAAAUUUUUGUGAGGUACUGAAGGGUAUGAGCUUAAAGAUGACAGAAAUAAGCUCAUUAGUCUUGAAAAUGAUUGUGGAGGGCUAUGACCUUCCCCAACAUUACAUUUCAGAUGUUGAAAACAUGAAGAGUUGUACCCAGAUACGAUUGAACAUGUACAAUACUGAUGCAAACAAGGNUGCCUCCAAUGGUCACACUGACAAAGACACCUUAACCGUUUUGUGCCAAAAUGAAGUUCAGGGUUUGCAGAUGCUAUCAAAAUCGGGCAAAUGGGUUGACAUAGAAAUACCCCAGAAUUGCUUUGUGGUUAUUGUUGGUGAUGCACUGAAGGCAUGGAGCAACGGAAGGAUUCAUGCAGCAACACAUAGAGUGAUGAUGAAUGGAGAGAAAGAGAGAUUCACUUUUGGAAAUUUUGUGGCACCAAAGGACGAGAUGAAGAUUGAGGUGCCUGGUGAGUUAGUAGAUGACAAAAUUCAUCCUCUUCGUUAUCGUCCAUUUCAUUAUGGAGAGUUUAUCAAUCACUUUGUUUCAACUCGCAACCAUAAUGCAGUUGAUGUAUUUGUUGGUCUUUGA